GGCCUUAUGAACGCCUGAAGUCACACAUCCCCGAUGGGCAGCAUGAGGGUCAAUCAUUCGUCGCAGGCCCUGUCCGGAUGCCGGAAGCUGUCCCUCGUCGCCCUAGUGAUGUUCACCUGCGUGGCAACUGCCCUCGACAUACGAUCCUGCAACUCGGCGCUGGGUAUGGAGUCAGGAUCGAUAUCGGAUUUGGCCGUCAACGCGUCAUCCUCGUAUGUGACAAAUGUCGGACCACGUUAUGGACGAUUGCGAAAGGAGGUGGCCGGCGGGGCUUGGUGCCCGAAACGACAAAUCGAGAGUGGCGUCCGCGAGUGGCUGCAGAUUGACCUUGGCGACGCCCACGUCAUAACAGCCAUCGAGACGCAGGGCCGCUUCGAUCACGGCCGAGGCCAGGAGUACACCGAGGAGUACACCAUCGAGUACUGGCGACCGGAUUUUCAAGAAUGGCGACGUUAUAAGCUUUGGAACGGCAACGAGGUACUGGCCGGCAACAUGGACACAUCGACGGUCGUAUCGCGACAGCUCAUACCAGCAAUCUUCGCUACGCGGCUCCGUAUCCUGCCGCACUCGGUGCAUCGGCGCACCGUCUGCCUCCGAGUCGAGCUCAAAGGCUGCCAGGAUCUCGGUGGCGUGGUAAGCUAUACAAUUUCGGAAUCGCCGGUCGCGGAGCUCAGCGACACCUCCUACGACGGUGUCCGACAAGACGGAAGACUGUCGGGAGGCCUCGGCCGACUGAUCGAUGGCGAGACCGGCGCCGACAAUUACAGGCAGGACAUCGCUUACGAAAGAGGUACUGGUUGGCUGGCUUGGAUGCGCGACAGCUAUCCCGACAAUUUCAUUGAGCUAAUUUUUUACUUCGACGAUCUAAGAACUUUUAACGCUGUGCACAUAUAUACCAACAACUAUUUUAAGAGGGAUGUGCAGGUAUUCGCGCGGGCUGAAGUGUUAUUCGGCGGUGCCGAGGGCAGCGACGAGAUCGAUGAGGACAUGGAGAAACCCAUCUCCUACUCGUAUAUUCCGGAUACGAAUUUGGAGAACGCCCGUAAUGUCUCGAUUGCCCUACAUGGACGCCAGGGCAAGUUUCUCAAGUUCCGCCUUUAUUUUGCCGGUCGCUGGAUAAUGAUCGCCGAGGUCACCUUCGACUCCUGGAAUCCGUACGCAAACGCCACGGAGGAGACUGUGUCCGAAAUCAGUAACGAGGACGUCGUUGGUACGGUCAACCACGACGCUGAUCUCAACUUACAAACGAUUACAGCUCGGGAAGAAGAUCAAGAAUACAUCGAAGUUCUCAUUGGAGUUCUCACAGCAAUAACAUUACUUCUCUUACUCGUUUUUAUUAUCAUCUUGUUGCUCAGUAGGCGUCAAAAGUUACAAAGUUCACCAACUGUAUUAAAAAAUCCUUUUGGCUUCUCAAUUAAUAUGAAGGGUUUCCUGCUUAAUCUGGCGCCCGGCAGGAUGCUCAACGAGAGCGGACGCGACUCACCGGAUGAAGAGGACGAGGAGGCCAACGCGAUAGAGGACGACGAGGAGGAUGAGGAGGAGGACGAGAUGGAGGUGGAGGACGAAGACGAGGAUCCGGAAGCCGAUGUUAACGUUCUAGAUGACGCGCCGCUGGAGGAUCUCAGCAUACACGAUUCCCUCAUCAUGGAGCCAUUUAAUUCGCCCCUCGUCGAAUCUCAGUACAAGUCGACCUAUGCCAUCGUCUCUAGUACGGAGCCGCCGUGUCACGAGCUUCAGCGCAAGGAUGAGAUGCGGCCCAGUAAAAGCUUCGAGCGGGGAUACGGCCUGCGCCAGGACACGGCCAGCUCGAGCUCGCCGUCCGGGCGUCAAGCCCAGCAUUACCGUACCCUCCAGAGCAGUGGCCAUCUCGCGGGUUCGAGGCGCCUCGUCGUCUCGGGGACGCCGAGCCAAUCGCGCGACGUCAAGCGCUGGCAUACCGCGCCCAAGGAGAAGCACAAGGUGCCAGCGCCCGUAGUCAGAUGGAACAUCGCGCCGAGCAUGAGCAAACCUUACAAGUGCAAGGAGAUCGAGCCGGCCAACAUAUCCUGCCAAUGCCUGCACACAAUGGAGAAACUUGGCUCCGGUCAUAUCGGCGAG